UAAAAAAAAUCCGUCAUAUCAACAAAACUUCUUUUUUGGGUUAAGAGCAGGUUCUGGCGCCUCACGAGUGAAAUUUUUUUUUUUUAUACAAAAAACAUCUUACUGACUACUUUUUCUUGGAAUCAAGUUAAAAAACUGGCAAAUCAAAAUGCCUUACCUCUGUUUAUUGCACAAUAAUUUUGACAAUUUGCCAAAAUUUAUAGAAAAAGCUCAAGCAAAUAGUUAUACAGCAAUUGCCGCUCCAAUCAAUUGCACCGAAGUCCCAAUCGAAUUUCAAACCGAACCUCUAAAGUCCACACACAUCGAUUGCUCCUAUUCAGAUUUAGUUCUGAGUGCCGAUGUGUGGAAUGGCAAGGUUAUCACUUUACUUUCCGACACAAUUGACUGUGAUUCAAAGAACCCCAAAAUUCGACAAAAUAGUGAGGAAAUUCUGAAGAAGGAUUUAUCAUGGACGGAACAUUUGCAUUAUGGAGGUUAUACCAUGCUGCGUUUGAAGUCAGACAAUAAUAUUAAUUUAGCUCGUGUUGCAAGUAGGCAAAUCAAAGGUCUUCUUUUAGUUCAAAUUCCUUUAGUGGCCACGAAGAUAGCUUCAGCUGUUUGGCGUUCUGAUAUCUCAGAUGAUGUCAUUGCCAGCUAUCAGAAUGAAGACACCUGGAAAUGGUGGAAUAAAUUCCGUUGGGCUGCUGAUUUUAAUCCAAAAAUGAGGGUAGUUUUGGAAUUGGGCGAUGAUCGGCCGUCAAAAGAAUGUGUUAGACGAUGGUUGGGCGAACCACUUGAAGCUUUAAUCAUUCCAUCUUCGUUAUUUAUACGCAAUCGACAUAAUUAUCCGGUUCUCCCGAAAGCAUGGCAGGAGUUGAUUGGAUUGUUUUUGAAAGGCUAUGUGAAUUUUAUUGUUAGCGCUGAUCAGAAUGAUAAUAGUCUUAAACAAUAUGCUGAAUAUUUGAACAACUUGAGAGAUUCGCACGUUGAGAAGUAUGAAUUGCAAAAUUUUGAGGAUGUACUGGAGAUCCCUCUUCAACCUUUGUAUGACAAUUUGGAUUGUUACACUUAUGAAUCUUUUGAAAAAGAUCCAGUUAAAUACAAACUCUACCAAGACGCCAUAGAGGCUGCUCUAAUUGACAGAGUCCCAGAAGAUCAAAUGGACAAAACAACAACAACUAUUAUGGUCCUUGGAGCUGGAAGAGGUCCCUUGGUUCGCUCCGCAUUGAAUGCCGCUGAAAACACAAAACGAAAAAUUCGCAUUUACAUAAUUGAAAAGAAUCCCAAUGCUGUAAGAACAUUGACGGCUAUUACAAGAAAGCUAUGGAGUGGCAAAGAUAUUCAAAUAUUUUCCAAGGAUAUGCGUGAAUUUACCCCACCAGAAAAAGGUGAUAUACUUGUCUCCGAACUGCUUGGUUCAUUUGGUGACAAUGAACUAUCACCCGAAUGUCUGGAUUGUGCACAAACUUUACUCAAAGACGAUGGCAUUAGUAUACCAUGUAAAUCAACAUCCUACAUAAAUCCCUUGAUGUCCUCCAAACUCUACAACUCAGUGCGUUCCAUAAAUAAUCAUAAAGCAUUUGGUCGUGAUAUGUUAGCUACAUACAAUAAUCAUUCGGAGAGUGGUUUUGUUGUAUUGCUAAAAAAUGUUUACCACAUUGGUUAUCCUCAGGCACUCUUUGAAUUCCAUCAUCCGAAUCGAGAUGAAAUUAUUGAUAAUACUCGAUACAAGUUGCUUAGUUUUGAUGUGACACAGGAUUGUGUAUUGAAUGGUAUUGCUGGAUAUUUUGACACAGUUCUAUAUAAAGAUAUAGUUUUAAGUAUAAAUCCACCAACUCAUACUCCUGGAAUGCUCUCAUGGUUUCCUAUGUAUUUUCCAUUUACAGAACCAAUAGAUCUCAAGGCUGGUGAAGUUGUAGAUAUCAACUUUUGGCGCUGUGUUUCAAAGCAAAAAGUUUGGUACGAAUGGAACAUCUCAUCGCCACGCACUACGCACAUACACAAUCACAAUGGCAGAUCAUGUCCCAUUUAUUGCACUUAGAUCAAAAUAUUUGACAACAUAACUCUGAAGGUUUUUGGCCAAAGUGAUUUGUUUUAUUUGUAGAUUAAACAUUAAACAAGAAAGAUAAAAAUUAUACAUUGACAGACACGUAACGUUCAUGUUUUAACAAAAAGAAUUACAUUUAAAAUUAAAGACAAAUUUAUACAACAAA